AUGACAAGCGUACACGCGAAAGCGAAACGGAAAGCUAUGGAGAACUACGAGAGGGAAAGAGAGGACAGUAGGAGGGAGUUCGUCGACAAUAAAGUGUAUAUAAUAGUGUCGAGGUCUUGCGAGCAUCCAGACGUCCCGGAGACGAAGCACGCUAUACGAGUGGUGGAGUAUUGGAGUCAUAUGGUGGUGAAGACUCUCGAGGGAGCUAUUAAGGUGGCGUAUUCGUUAAUUGGUAUCAACGGUGCGAUGAUGUAA